UGUGUUGAAGCAGAGAUGCUUCUAAAAGCUACAGGAUACCGGACCUCGUGGUCUGGAUUUGAAGCAUGCGAUCAAACCAGACGUGAAGCAACCCUCAACCACCAGAGCGACUCGACACCUCAGUCAGUGAUCAGUAUCUGCUUGAGAAAGUUGAACAUGAAGUGGAUUACUUUUUAUCUCCUAACACUCUGCUUCCCUACAACCAGAGCUCACUGUAAACCUGAGAAAGUUAGUGAGGAGUGCAUAAAAGAAAAUCCUGUAAUGUGGACCAGGUGCUAUGGAGAUAAAAUGGUGACGUGCAAACAAAGGAAUCGUAUGUUGGCUAGGUUUGCUCGGAGGGAAGUGAACCCAGCAAAGCAGGCUGAGUUAGGCCCCACAUCCAAUCACGAAGUUCGAAUCCCAUCGUCUGCUCUUCAGAGAAUCAGAAGAACACCGUCAGAGGAAGACGUCCUGGUGGUUGCCUCGGUGAUCAACAGCACAUUAUUUCAGAGAACUCCUCGGAGCAAAAGAAAAAGCAUAAUUCCCCAGUCGACUGUCAGAGAAGAGGGAACUGUUUUAGGAGGGCUGGUCCUGUUUGUGAAAGCUGGAAAGCAGCCAGUCAGCAAUCUUACUGAGCCUAUCCAGUUAUUCUUCAAACACAAUGAGAAGGAGAACAGUGGAACAUGUGUGUUUUGGCAGGAGGAUGAAACAGAGUGGAGAACUGAAGGCUGUUAUACCAAUAAAACUGAAGAUGAAUUCAUCUGCAGCUGUGAUCGCCUCGGCUUUUUUGCUGUGCUUGUGAAUCCAGAUCUGAAUGUGUGUGCCUGUCAUGCAGUGAAUGUUAGCUGCAUCACCUACUCUGGAUCGGCGCUCUCUGUCUUCUUUGCAUUCAUCAGCCUGUUCAUCUUCACUAAGUUGUUUCUUUAACCUGCAUCAAAAGAUACAUGACCUAUAUUCUCACCAUCUUACAUUAAAUCAGAUGUUUCCUUUUCCAGCUCAGUUACUAGCAAAUUUAUUUUCCUGUUUGCCAAACAACAUGAGAGAUUAGGUGUUUCUUUUUUCAUAUUGCAGAAGUUUCCAUAGACAACAGUUGGUCUACUUUUAACCAACUAGCAAAAGUAUAAAUAAUGUAAUAGUUUUGUAAGCCACUCAUUGGCUGACUCACAACACAUUUGACAAAUAGAGGCAUAGAUGUGAAUGUAGUAGGAGACAGCUUCUAAAACAUGACAUCUGGGAAAAAUCUAAAAGAAAUCAUCCAAGAUUUCAGCAUGAGCAAUCAGCCCCUGUCAAUAAAAUCCUUGAACUUUGAGGAUUCAUAAUUCAGGCUGAACUAUGACAUUAUUGCAGCGUUUUAUUGCUUCUAUUUUUAAAUCCUGUUUUUUAGGAGUGUUACUUUUAGGUGUUUCAAUAUUUUAUCUCUUUCUCUGUAGUUUUAGAUGUGUGUGUUGCUAGCUUA